ACCUCCUGCUCCAUGGAGAUAAGGGCAGCGCAGGAGCGGGGUCGGAAAGGGGCACAGAGUGGGGCCAGAGCCCCAAAGCCCCUUCACAGAAAGCUCUGGGAGAAGGGACCGUGCAUCCUCAACCGUUUACAUGUGAAAGGAGAAACCUGAUCCCAAGGCGGGGAAAAUUUACCUGUGAGAAUGUGCCCUCGGGACCGGAUUAGUGCUGGAGCCAGGACUGGUGGUGUUCUUCCCUCUCUUCCCUCUUUUCUUUUGUUCUUUUAUCUCUCUUAUUACCAGAAGAUAAGGGCAAAAUUACCAGUUUUGAGUGUUUAAUUUAAUAAUCAGGCUCUGUGAGCUUUUUUUUUUGACCUUCUGAUCCUUGUUUCUUUUUAACCCCGGGUGUCCUCACACCUUGGGAUCCCCUCUCUUCGGAGCAGGAUCCCUGGAUGGUUUAUUCCCUUUUCCAGUGUUCCUGCCCAAAGAUCUCCUCACUGACUGUCACCCCUGAGACUCUCCUCUGAUGUGAUAGGAGAGCCCUUGGUAUGUUAGGUUUCUUUUUCUCGGGCUAGGUCUUACAAACCCUCAAAAGGGAACCUAACACACCCAAGGAUAGCUCAGCUAUUACUUUGGGGGCAAAUAAUGAGCAGGAUGGCUUCUGCUGCAGUGUUAGAAACAAAAAGGUUUAAUAAAAGGCAAAAUAACAAACAGAAAAACCCGAGCCAGGUACAGAGGUCUGCCCCUGGUAUAAACAACUCACAAAAGCAGCUCAGUUCUUUUGUUCUCUUCUUUUCCUACCUGAUGGGCCAGGCGGGACUUUUUGGCUUCUAUUCAAUUAGAUGGCCUCGAGUUUUUGGUGAAGUGGCUUUUCACCUAAUUGUUGAGAGAAACUUCGGAGCUUCUUUCCUUUUUUAAGGGACAAAGGCUGGCUUUGCCACUUUGUCAUUUGGAGGCACACUCCUACAUUGGUACACCCCAAACUUUCAUUUUUUGGGAAUUAUUUGUCUCGCAGCCCCGUGCUGUGUGCCGGAUCACCUUUGGAGCUCGAUAUGCCUUGUGGAUACGGAAAUGAACGAAGCUCACUCUGUGUGCAUACCACAGGGGUUAAUUCAAUGUAAAUCUGCAUAUUCAGGGGGCAUUGAGCUGAUUUUAAAGCUUUUUUUCCUUCUCAGAUGUUGGUUUGAAGCAGCUGGGACAGACCUGGCUCCUCUCCCUGGGGAGCUCCUGUGGGAAGUUCAGUCCCGCCUUUCACCCGGCCACCUCAGCUCCUCCUCUUUGCCAAAAACCAUGGGAUUUCCAGAGAAAUGCAGGCCAGUUUGGGACUGAGGUGGAUUAAACUCCCUACACGUUGUCCCUGGUGUGUUUCUGGGGUUUCCCCCCGCGGCGAUGGGUUACUGCGCGGCCCUGAACUGCCGCAACGGCACCAGCGGGGCCUACAAGAACAGCUCGGUCAGCUUCUACGGCUUCCCCCUCCAAAACAAAGCCCUCCUGAGGCGCUGGAUCCAAAACAUGGGCCGGGACAUGGAGACCCCCUCCAAGUACCAGUGCCUGUGCUCGGAGCACUUCGAGGAGAGCUCCUUCCAGAGGGAGCCUGUGAAAAUCCGCAAGAGACGGCGCCUGCUGAAGGAAGCUGUUCCCAGCAAAUUCAUCCUGGCCCUGGAUGGCACCUGGCUCGUGGGGACACCCCGGGGUGAUGGGGACGUGAUGAGCAGCAAAACCCGAAAACGGAUCCGGAAUUCCGAGCCCUGUAGGGUCCCUACGAUGUUUCCUCAGUGGCCGCGUCUGCAGGACUGGCAGAAUGAAUUUUAUAAGCAAUUGCUGAAGGAGAAGUUUGGAUCUUUGAUCACACUGGGAAAAGACUGGCCUGUUCCCAAAAGCCAUAUGCCAGAAGGAGGAGCAGCAUGGGUCAAGGAACCACAGGAUUUGGAGGAAAGGAAAAUCCCUGCCAGCCUCAGCACAGGCCAUGGUGGUGCCAUGACCCAGGGAUCAUCCUCAGGAACAUCCCAAGCCCUGCACAACCACUGCUCUGACCUGGCAGAAACCUCGGGGAGCCGCCACAAUCCGGCACCAAAUCCGGCAAAUCCCGUGAGAAUCGGGAGCGGUAGGAGAGUCCUGGCAGGGCAGGAGCUGGACGAGUUCAGGCGGUUCCUGCUGUACCACCAGGGCCAGCCCGAGGACACAGCGGUGCCGUGGUUCAUCUGCAGCGAGUGCGGCAAGAGCUUUGCCCGCCACGCGUACCUGCUGCGGCACCAGCGCGCCCACGCCGGGCAGCUGGGCAGAAACCUGCCUGCUUCCUGGAGAAACUCGCAUGCUUCAUGGAAAAACCCUCCUGAUUCCUGGAAAAAAACCACCUGAUUCUUGGAAAAACCCACCUGAUUCUUGAAAAACCCACCUGGUUCCUGAAGAAACCCACCUGAUUCCUUGAAAAACCCGCCUGCUUCCUGGAGAAACCCUCCUAAUUCCUGAAGAAACCCGCCUGCUUCCUGGAAAAAAAACGCCUGAUUCCUGAAGAAACCAUCCUGGUUCCUGGAGAAACCCGCCUGAGUCUUGGAAAAACCCACCUGAUUCCUGAAGAAACCUGCCUUGUUCCUGGAGAAACCUACCUGAUUCCUAGAGAAACCCACCUGCUUCCUGCAGAAACUCGCCUGAUUCCUAGAGAAACCCUCCUGCUCUCCUGCUUCCUGGAGAAACCUGCCUGCUUCGUAGAGAAACUCGCCUGCUUCCUGAAAAAACCACCUGAUUCCUGGAGAAACCCACCUGCUUCCUGAAGCAACCCACCUGAUUCCUGGAAAAAUCCGCCUAUUUCCUCCUGCUUCCUGGAGAAACCCACCUGAAACCCGCAUGCUUCCUAGAGAAAUUCGCCUUGUUCCUGGAAAAACCCGCCUUGUUCCUGGAAAAACCCUCCUGCUACCUGAAGAAACCCACCAGAUUCCUGGAGAAACCCACCUGCUUCUUAGAGAAACUCGCCUGCUUCCUGAAGAAACCCUCCUGAUUCCUGGAGAAACCUGCCUGGUUCCUGAAGAAACCCUCCUGCUUCCUAGAGAAACUCGCCUGCUUCCUGAAAAAACCACCUGAUUCCUGGAAAAACCCACCUGCUUACUGAAGCAACCGACCUGAUUCCUGGAAAAAUCCACCUAUUUCCUCCUGCUUCCUGGAGAAACCCACCUGAAACCCGCAUACUUCCUAGAGAAAUUCGCCUGGUUCCUGGAAAAACCCGCCUGGUUCCUGGAAAAACCCGCCUGGUUCCUGGAAAAACCCGCCUGGUUCCUGGAAAAACCCGCCUGGUUCCUGGAAAAACCCGACUGAUUCCUGGAGAAACCCACCUGCUUCUUAGAGAAACUCGCCUGCUUCCUGAAGAAACCCUCCUGAUUCCUGGAGAAACCUGCCUGGUUCCUGAAGAAACCCUCCUGCUUCCUAGAGAAACUCGCCUGCUUCCUGAAAAAACCACCUGAUUCCUGGAAAAACCCACCUGCUUACUGAAGCAACCGACCUGAUUCCUGGAAAAAUCCACCUAUUUCCUCCUGCUUCCUGGAGAAACCCACCUGAAACCCGCAUACUUCCUAGAGAAAUUCGCCUGGUUCCUGGAAAAACCCGCCUGGUUCCUGGAAAAACCCGCCUGGUUCCUGGAAAAACCCGACUGAUUCCUGGAGAAACCCGCCUGCUUCCUGGAGAAACCAUCCUGGUUCCUGGAAAAACCCGCCUGGUUCCUGAAGAAACCAUCCUGGUUCCUGGAAAAACCCGCCUGGUUCCUGGAAAAACCCACCUGGUUCCUGGAAAAACACACCUGAUUCCUGGAGAAACCCGCCUUGUUCCUGGAGAAACUCACCUAGUUCCUGGAGAAGUUCACCUGAUUCCUGGAGAAACUCACCUAGUUCCUGGAGAAGCUCACCUGAUUCCUGGAGAAACUCGCCUUCUUCCUGGAGAAACUCGCCUUCUUCCUGGAGAAACUCGCCUUCUUCCUGGAGAAACUCGCCUUCUUCCUGGAGAAACUCGCCUUCUUCCUGGAGAAGCUCGCCUUCUUCCUGGAGAAGCUCGCCUUCUUCCUGGAGAAACCCUCCUGCUUCCUGAAAAAACCCACCUAAUUCCUGAAAAAACUCACCUGCUUCCUGAAGAAACCCUCCUUCUUCCUGGAGAAACUCGCUCUCAGAGUCCAUCUCCACAUCGCCUGCGUGCCACAUGCCUGCCGAGGGAAGAGCUUUGCAGUCAGCCGUCAAAAAUCCUCUGUGGGUUGGAUUCUGGGGAUAAGGCAGUUUUCCCACUUUUCAAACUUCAGUUUGAAAGCUGACCAGCGGGAGAUCCUGAGUCAGAGCUGCUAAAAAAAAAAAAAUAUCAGAAUAAAUUGCAGUGGUACAAAAGCACUGCCAGAGUCAGGAUACAGCCUGGCACCCUGUGGGUCGGGGUGCUGGCAGCACUCUGGUGAAGUGGUGGCUCAGCCCUCCUGCAGUGACACGUGUGCUUCUGUUGGAGCAGAGAUCCUGCAGAAGGAUGAAGUUUUCCUCUGAAAAACUCUUCCAGUGCUGUAGAUGGGUCUGGUCUUCCUCUGGGAAUGCCGUGGGCAAAGGCUGCUGUGGUGUUCCAGGGUCAGAUUAUAUCCAGGUAGGAAUGCUUGGCUCCUCCCCCUGGGCAGAGCAUCUCCCAAUGGGAUGAUGGAAUUUUAUCAGGGACACUGAAUGGCUCAUUAACAGAAAAUGCUCCCUGGAAGGAGAAGGGGUCCUGGAAGAGAUAAGGAACACUGCCCCACCUGGUUUUAACACGUGGUGGUAGAAUGCAUUUGGUUACAUCUUGCAUUGCAACCUAAGACAAGAAUCCAGUUCUGAUCCAAUUUGCUGCUGCCCUAACCAUCAUUGAUCAGGAGCUGCAUCAUUCCUGUCAUUCUCACCCUGCUCCAUCCAGCUCCUCCUUGGAGCAGGAGUAGGACAGAGAGCAUUGUUUGUACCUAAAGGGGCAUUAAAAAAACCAACACAUGCUGGAGAGCAUCCAGAGUACCACAGAGAAACAGUGGAAGUUUCCAGGGAUGAAAAAUGAACAAUUGGGAAUGGGACUGUAAGCUGAUGUUUGAAGCAACCAAUUCCAGGCAUUAUUUCCCCACUUUAGCUGCUCUCCCAUUACUGUACCUGCAGAACUAA